AGACGCCCAUUUCUUCGGAUCCUUUCACGUUUAAAGAGGACGAGGACUCCAUCAAGUCUAGAGGAGAGUUCCUUUUGUUUUUAUGGGGUUGGGUUUUUACUGAUCAUUUCAUGGUUCAUCGAAAUUAUGUAAAUGUUAUGUAGCCGAAUGGCUUCAGGUGCUUUCUGCAAGUGCUCAAAAUUAAGAGUGUCGGUAUGGCUGCCGUCACUGACAUCCGUCCGCAGCAUGAAGUCCGUCAACACUCGCACACCCAGACCCAUGCACAUCACCCGAGCGAAGCUGAUGGAGCUUACCAAGUACAAGAAACCCAAGGAUAACAGGCCCCUGGCUGAGCAGUGCUCCAUGCGAUACAAGCCCAAGGCUGAAACGAAGCCGCCACCGGUGGAGGUGUUUAUGGCCAAUCAGUGCCGAGAGCAGAUGCUGUCGCAGUCCCUCAUUGCCGCCUUUCACAACGAGGGGUUGACGGCGGAGGAGAUGUCCAUCAUAAGGCGUCGUCUACGCAAAGUGGGUAUUACGGUCAAGAUGUAUAACAACAAAGUCAUGCGAAUGGCAUUGUUGGGCACCCGGCUGGAGAACAUGAGCCCGCUGCUUGUUGGACAAAAUGUGUAUGCCGUGAGUGACAAACCGCUCGUCAAGGAGCUGCUCAAAGCGACCAAGAAGAUCCCCAAGAUUCACUUGCUCGGCGGUCUAGUGGAAAACAGACUGAUGUCAGCCAAACAGAUGGCUGAAUUCUCCCAGCUUCCCGAAAAACGUGUCCUACAGGGAGAGCUGGCUGGCAUACUGAGCCAAUCGGUGGGGUCUACAUACAGUUUGCUGCAGAGGCACCAGCAGACACUGGUAACCAAUCUCAGCCAGUGGAUCAAACAGAGGCAGGAGACUAGCAUAUGACGUCCACAAGAAUGGGGCAACAGGAACAACGCCUUUCUCACCUCACACUGAGCAUGCCUGUAUGCAUACGCAUGGUAUUCAUUGCUGAACUGGUCCCAGACUACCAAACCAGUGACACAUGUACAUGUAUAACCAAUAUAGCUGGAAAUGUAGACGUGUAGAUGUACCAGUGGACCUCUUGUUAUCAUAGCAUGUACACUGAAACCCCGGAACUCCAGAAAUGCCAGUACACGUGUCUGCCUUUCCAAAAACUAGCCUUGAAGGAGGAGGCUUCCUUUCUAUUAUUCUUGUACAUUUCCAUAUCUGCAUUGGUUUUACUCCUGUACAGAAACUCCUUCACUUUACGCUUACAGAUUGCGAUGCACAUAAAAACAUGUCUAUGAAAAGGCACCUGUUUAAAGAUGUAUACCCAUAAACAAUGCCCAUGACUACAGUGCUUUCUGAAGAUAUCUUUUGUUGACAUUGUCACUUUGAAAUAUCAACCUUAACAGGGGCAGAGGAUGUUGUCCAACAUUGAGAUCACGUGUAGUGUCUUUGGUCUGGUGCUAUUUGUUCAAAAGUUGAACCAAUACAAGUGCUUAAGUUUUAUUUCUUUAAAUGAAUUGUUCACGGAAAUUUUUCAUUUUUCAGUGUUAGCUUGGUUUCAUUUCCCAGAGGCCCAUAUACUUCAGGUGGGCACAUGUUUUGGGCAAAAUUGUCAGUGUCUCAGGGUCACUAAACAUUCACCUCUCCUCAUUCCAAGUUGUGGUGGAUUUUGAGACGCAAGCCUCCAUGACUAUGGAUCAACAAGUAUGGUACACUGUACAGCAACUGAGAUUGAUACUUCCCUUACAGGUACUAUGGUAGUUCAGUCAUUGAUUGUAUGCAUUCCAUGGUGUUUGCAGUUCUGGUCUUAUGUAAAAUUUUCCAUUAUUUGAACAUGGAAUAGAAGCUAUUCAUAUGGUUUGUGGCUUUAUUGGCGUUUCCAAAAAUACACUUCAAAAGAAACUACACGAUACACAUUCUUUCAUAAAUUGGCAUAUCAAUGUGCAUAAUCUCUUUAAUAAUUUGUCACAGCUUGUGAAUUCUAUGAGUUACCAUUACAUACAAUGCUGCCAUCA